AUGUCUCUGAGUGAAAUAGACCCGGACGUACUCUUAGAGUGGUUACAGACACCUGCCAUUCCCCCGGACGAGGACGGAGGAGAUGACGGGGGCAGUUCAGGAGGGGGCAUGCAACAGGUGGCAUUGGAACAGUUGUGCAUGGUUCUACUGAUGAGUGACAACAUUGACCGAUGCUUUGAACUGUGCCCGCCUAGAACUUUCCUGCCUGCUUUAUGCCAUAUAAUGAUCAGUGGGAACAACAACCUCUGUCCCAACGAAGAGGUCAUCUCGACUUUGGAAGUGUGUGCUCGAGCAAUGACGUAUUACCUGGACGUUUCCGCAGAAUGUUCUAGAAGAAUUGUCCAAGUCGAUGGUGCGGUUAAAUCCCUGUGUGACAGGCUUUUGAUCGCCCCACAGAUUCUAAUUAAAAGCCGAACUGCCAGAGACCUUGCUGAACAGUGCAUUAAAAGACAUCGACAGGUGAGGUUAGGCGAGGGGAUGUCUCUGAGUGAAAUAGACCCGGACGUACUCUUAGAGUGGUUACAGACACCUGCCAUUCCCCCGGACGAGGACGGAGGAGAUGACGGGGGCAGUUCAGGAGGGGGCAUGCAACAGGUGGCAUUGGAACAGUUGUGCAUGGUUCUACUGAUGAGUGACAACAUUGACCGAUGCUUUGAACUGUGCCCGCCUAGAACUUUCCUGCCUGCUUUAUGCCAUAUAAUGAUCAGUGGGAACAACAACCUCUGUCCCAACGAAGAGGUCAUCUCGACUUUGGAAGUGUGUGCUCGAGCAAUGACGUAUUACCUGGACGUUUCCGCAGAAUGUUCUAGAAGAAUUGUCCAAGUCGAUGGUGCGGUUAAAUCCCUGUGUGACAGGCUUUUGAUCGCCCCACAGAUUCUAAUUAAAAGCCGAACUGCCAGAGACCUUGCUGAACAGUGCAUUAAAGAGGACUAUGACAGCCAAUUGGGUGUGCUGAGUCUGAUGGGAGACCUAGGAAGUAAGGCUGAGUCAGGGAUAGUGGCCCAAUUCGUGAGACUAGGAGUGGCAGAGAGAGUGAGGCGUCUGAGUGCUCUCUAUGAAGAAACUACAGCAGCAGCCGCACCAGUGUCAAUUGAAGAUGAAAACAAGACUAAACAGGACAAAAAUGUUGUGCAGAACAUAAUUGCUGAAGCAGGACCAUCAGAUGAUUCAGAAGUAGAUCCUGGAAUAGAGCUGGAAAGUGGAGUGGCAUACUACUGGAAAGAUUGGACAGUCAUAAGAAGGCCCGCAAAAUGCAGCUCAACAGGCGAGAUUGAAAGCACAGAAGCAUCAAAAGAAACUCAACCCGAAUCUAAAGCAAAAGUUAAGACUCAAAAUCAAUUGAAUGUCGAUGACAACUCAGUUUACAUUUUCAAUAGAUGGUGUGCAAUUCAAUUGGCCGUAUCGUCUAAUGGCUGGUUCAAGUACCUCAUGGACAGAAAUCUGUACACCAUGUAUUCAAGUGGCAAGCCCACAAUAACCGAAGGAGCAGACUCCAAACAGUUCUCUCGAAAACUGCUCCUUUCGAAGUCCGAAGUAAAGCAAUAUCAAAAAUCAGCAAGUGAUAAGAAAACGGCUAAUUACAGUGAGUCACAAGGAAUUCCAUUGUUCAAGGAGGAACUAACGAGUGAAGAGGGACAGGUUGUCAAAUUUGGUCCAAAUUGGAGAUUCGCUCUGAAAGCGGAGACAGCUGAUUCGGGAAUUCCAACCGGAAACGUCCAGCUACAGAUAUCAAAUGUAGAAGGAAGCCAGGAGGAACUAGCGAGUGAAGAGGGACAGGUUGUCAAAUUUGGUCCAAAUUGGAGAUUCGCUCUGAAAGCGGAGACAGCUGAUUCGGGAAUUCCAACCGGAAACGUCCAGCUACAGAUAUCAAAUGUAGAAGGAAGCCAGGCCACUUUGUUGAGUGGUUGGUCUGCACCUGGAUUCGUGUUCCGCUCAAUCGCCAACAAGAAAAUUGAUUUCAAGGCCCGUGUUCCUCUGCUGGAGGCAAUCGCUGCUUCUCAAUGGUGUGAACAACUGGAUUCGAGAAAAACGAUGGCGGUAUCAGCAGCUGGUGCAAACAGUGGGAGGAUUUUCGGACAGCCAGAUGGCCCCAAACCAGCUACAGCGACGACAGUGACUGUGAAAAGUCAGGGCAGCAAUAGUCAAGAGACAAUGGUGACACAAAACGAACUACUGAAGCGAAGAGUAAUCAAAGAUGCAAAUACAAUUUACGAGAAACACUUGAAGCGACAGGCCAAAGAAAUGCAAAGCAGCAGUGAAACGAUGAGGCGUCUUUUCUUAGUGGUCAAGAGCUUAAAUGGCGAAGAUGCCACUGAAGUAGGAGACGGAAAUUUGUUGAGCGAAGAAGAAGCUUUCAAGGAGAUUGCUCGACUCUUCUCUUCUGACUCUACCGUGACUUCGUUUGAACUACAAAACUCUGGUCUUGUUCAGUCGUUGUUGAGCUACCUUUCCCCGAACUCAAUUGAGGAUGACAAGUCUGAUAGUGUUGACAAUAAUUCACAAGAUGAAGCCAACCGACGACUGACCUCAUUUGGCAAGUGCAUAAAUGAAAUUUACCCGCCCAGUUUAGCACUGCUGGCAAGGAAAAUUGUUCAAGUUUUGGACUCAGUUGAACGUCUACCUGUGUUUCUUUACCCGAUAAAUCCCAACAGUGGAUCAAACCAAGGUCUUGCUAUGCCAAAUAUGCAGAUACUCAAUAAGAGGUUCAAGUUGCGCCUUGAACGACUGAAUGAAUGCAGUAAAGGUCCUCGAUUGUUGGACAGAUCUGGUCGUAUUCUAAAAGUGGAACCACUGCUGACAAGUGAGACGUUGCACAGAUUUUUGUUGAGAAUUGUGGCUCGGCAGUGGUAUGAUAGAGAAAGAUCUACAUUCCACUUCCUGAAGAGCAUCAACUCGGCAUCGGAACCAUUGAAAUGUGAAUACGAACAUGAUUUCGACAAGAAUGGUAUGGUGUACUGGAUUGGAACCAAUGCGUAUACGUGCAGCGAGUGGGUCAAUCCAGCCGAGUUUGGCGUUGUCCACGUGAGCUGCAGCGAUGGGAAGAAACUGCCUUAUGGCAAAUUGUAUCAGAUACUUUCAAGGGAUCAAACAUUAAACGUCCACUCAUCAGACGAUAGACAUGCAUGGUUUGCAUUUGACUUCGGAGUUCACUUUUUGCCUUCAGCCUAUACGUUGAGGCACGCGAGAGGAUACGGAAAGAGUGCGCUGAGAUAUUGGGCAGUCCAGUUUUCAUAUGAUGGUAUCAACUGGGUCGACUUUAAGACCCAUAUCAAUGACAGCGCUCUCUCAGAGCCUGGAAGCACUUACACGUGGACGUUAGACCUGCCUUCAGGCACUGACACUGAAAAGGGAUUCCGACACAUGCGCAUCAUGCAAGGCGGAAAGAACUCGUCCAAUCAGACCUGCUAUAUUUCAAUUAGUGGCUUGGAGUUGUACGGGACUGUGUUGCGAGGGUGCGAAGAUGAAGUGGGACGAGCAGCGAGAGAGGUAGAUGCGAUCAACAGAAGACAGAGAAAGAAAGUUAAAUCCCAAGUGAGGCACCUGUUGAAAGGAGCACAGGUUGUGCGGGGUCCCGAUUGGAAGUGGCGUGAUCAGGACGGCGGUGUUGGUUCCGUGGGUACUAUCACAGGUAACUUGCAUGACGGAUGGGUGGAUGUGCGGUGGGACAAUGAACAAACAAACAGCUACAGAAUGGGAGCAGAGGCAAAAUACGACCUGCAAUUGUCUCCAGAAUACGAAAGUGGACUCAUUCAACAACAGAGAUGUGCAGCUAGAGCAAGCGUGUCUACCAGUCAGAUUGGAGCUCAAAAUUCAACUCAUAAAGUGACGCCAACUUUGGGCGCGAACGCGUCUGGCAAGUGCAAAUCAACGCCAUCUUUGCUAUCUGUGGCUAAAGCUAAAGGAGAUGACAAGAAGUCUGAAAAGAUGGUGCAAAACGAAGGUUCAGUCGCAGGGAGCACAAACGGAUCUCACAAGCAGGAACACAAAACUGCUGGUAGAUGGAGACUCAAAGAGCAGAAAGCCGAAAGUACUGUCUUCCCCAAUACAAGUGGAGGACUGACGGCGAUUGUGGCAGAGAAUGAAGAUGUGAAGAAAGUGUAUCAUCUGGUGCAGGAGUCAGUGGCCAGGGAGAAGGAGCACGCGAAUGCCAAAGAGAGUAUGAGUCAAUCUGACCUACAAACUACAGGACAAUUUCCUCCCAGACCCAAAGGCGGGAGAAAACACGCCGAAUUGCCUCAGUCAAAUAGAAAGAUGACAAUUGAUAGGGAAUCCAAUCGGAGUGCUAGUGCAAAUAUUAAUGCUAAUAAUCCGAACAACUACAAUAACAACAACAACAACAACAACAACAAGAGCAAUUCAAAUAACCGAAAACAGACCAAGCCGUCGACUGCGUCUUCGCUUGUGGCACGUCUGUCCCUGUUUGAAAGACUUCUGGCAACUAGAGGAGAGCGGUUCCAAGUAAACCAGUUGGAUGCAGAAAACGCCACUUCCCUGUCGGACUUGGCAGCUGAACUGAGCGAUGAGAUGGGAACCCUGAUUGACCUGAUGAAUUUGAUGGGAGACUUGCCUUCUUCGCGUGAACAACCGAGCGGAGGUACAGGGACAACUGGGAGAAGCAUCGAAGACUCGUUUCUUCCAACUGACGAGUUGUUUGAACUGACUUCGGCAGCCGCUGGACUUCUGAUGGAGAGCGACACUCGAUUCGGAGCCGAGAGAAACAGCUCGAGUGAGCGAAGCAAAAGCAGAGUGAGCAGUGGUGGAGCUAAUAACGAGGAGAGAAAGGAGUAUCUAUGUAGAAAGAGUUUAACCGGAGACGAUGAAGUGAGCACUGGAGUCUUGACUGCUACAGAAAGUCAGGAUUCACUUGUUGCCGACGAUGGAUCGAAAAGUGGAAGCAGCAUUUUUGGCUGUCCUAAUCUAGCAUCUGAACUGACAGAACAAAUAGUCGCAUCGGAGACGGAAAUGAUGACGCCAUCUGCUGGUUCUCUAGCAACUUCCCCAGGAAACAACCCUGUGAGCGGAGUAGGGGUGGGCGGCGCUAACUUGAUCAGUCUGAGUGUCCCAAAUCUGACGUCUAGUGGAUCAGCUCAAGCAGUAGGUGGCGAAGGAAAUGCAGUAUUAGAAUCGGGACUAGAGCAUGGAGCGGGAGGAGCUAUGACUUUAAACGCAGUCAGUGCGAGUGAUGUGACCAGGGGAAUCCAAUGGGACAGUCUGAACAGCUGUGGACUGAGUAACAUAACGAGUGUUGCCUCUAACCCCGCAGCUGCAAAGCCUAAUACAAUGUCUGGAGUGCCUGCAUCCACCCAGAGCUCGGACAUGUACUUCCUGACAAAUUUAGUCAGCCAAACUACCCAGUCAUUCCCAAGCCUCUCGGUGACCAAAUCCACCACCACUGCCCAAGUCAACCCCUCAACCACCAUGUCUUAUCGCAAAGCAGCCCUCGGAUCCCAUAUGUCUGGAGGCGGGACUGUACCAGGAGGCAAUGGACGACUACAUAGAUUCGGAUCCAGUGACUCGGACAUGGAACAGCCUUCUUCCGUAGAGGGAAGCAGAGAUAGGAGCAGAAAUCGGUUCAUAGAUAGCAGCAACAGCGGUGCGGGAGACGGAAGUUUUCCUCUCAUUGAUGCCAAAUCCAUGAGUGACUUCUUUUCUGAGAUUGACGAGGAGUUUGUCGAAGAGUUUCCGACUGCAGCAGAACUAGGAUCCACGAGCGUGAUGGCAUCCAGAGAAAACCCGAGUGAUGUUAAUGCUAAAGUGCUGAACGACUCUGCACGAGGGAACUCAUUUUCUCGAGAGAACAGCGCGGCUGACAAAGAAAAAAUUUUCAACUCGACAGGAAUGGGCAGAGCCUUGGACGCUGGAAGUGGGAUCUGUUUGGACAUCGAGGAUAUAGAGAACGACAUGGAUGACCAAGACGCCUCCAUGUAUAGAGACUUCCUCCACAUGCACAGUCCAAGAGGCUCUUCAUUUGAUCCCAGUCACGUGAUGAGUCUUUCAGAUCGCAUCAGUGCCAGUGCAUCAGUCCAGUGUCCUCCCCACACUCGCCCGGCCUGCAGUCACCCGGAGGCAGAGAACGAGAGGGGCGUGCGAGAUGACACACCCAUUGACAUGGACCAAGAGGAAGAUGAUGAUGUGGAUUCGGAGCUACACGUGAUCUCAUCCACCACGACUCCCCUGGACGAACCGAACAUGAACAUAGACGAGCAGAGGCCGAGACACUCCUCGAGAAGUGUGGUAGACGAGGAUAUUCUACCACCCGAUGUGGACGAGAUAGAGGAAGAUGACGAAGAUGAGGACGUCGAGGAAGACGAGGAGAUAGACGACGAGAUACGCGACAACGAAGAAGAGGAAGAAGAAGAAGAAGAUGACGAUGAUGAGGAUCUGGAGGAAGAUGAGGAAGACGAGGACCUAAUCAAUCAGGAUCAGGACGAGCAGGAUGAGGACGAUGAAGACGACGAAGAGGAUGAGCUUGACGAUGAUUUGGAUGACGAGGAAGAGGAUGAAGAAGAUAUGUACGGGGAGGCGGCACAUAUGCGAUCGGAAGCAGUUUCUGGCCAGAAAGAUGAUGCAAAAAUGCAGGCAGCCAGUCAGCGUUCAGCUACUGCGCAUUCGGCUAUGCACAGAUUCACGUCUAAAAAGUCUUCGCACGGAGUUCCUCCGAACGGAUCUGUGAGCAAAGCUAACUCCAAGUCCAAAAUCCCAGGUAGUGAGAACUGCACCUCCAUGCGAACAAUGAAUGUUACGAAAGACUACACUGGCAUGCUGAGAAGACGAAGAGGCGAACACUGGAGACAUCACCAGAACCACUCAGCCCACCCUCCCGCCACUCACUCCAGCCAGCCGAAUGAAAACACUAAUGAUGAGAUCAUCCUCAAAAGGGCAUUCCCCGCCUUUGUUCCAGCAUUCGAUCCUCGUCCCGGUCGUACUAAUUUGCCGGCCAACGUCGAUUUUGUGGUCGAGAAUUCCUCGCUCACGCCUGCAAGUGUGAGCAAUGGAACCGGACUAGUUCAAUCGUCCAGUCAGGAUUCGAGCACUGCUGCGCCUCAGCAGAGCAGAGCAGCUGUGGCGGCCGACAGUGAAGUGAAGCGACUGCGUCUGUUCCUCAAACUGCAACAGAACCCUUCUGACUCAUCUGCAGCUGAGAGUGGGAGUGAGAGGCAGGUGUUGAGGCUAGAACUGACUGGAGGGGUGGGGGCGGCUGUGGAGACUAGUGUGAGACAGAGAGAGGAGACUUUGAUCAGUUGUGUGCAGAGACUGCACUUGAUGAGUGUUAUGAAUGGCAACAAUAGCAAAAGUGUCAACAGUCCUCCAAGUGUGACUGGACGAAGAAUGUGGGAUAUCACUUACGUGAUAGAAUACAUGGAAGAUGAAGAAAUGCCGCCAUGGAGCGUGGAAGACGUGGAGAAGGAAACCGUAUCGAAUGAAGAAGUGAAGAGUUUCCUAGAGAAGCAGGGUGUGACUCUGUCUCAUUCAGAAGACAUUAAACGGGAAGGGAGCGAGGACAAGGAAACAGUUAAUUCGCAGAAUGCUGAAGACGAUGUACUGCGCUCAGCGGUGGACGUCAGCGCGGGAUCCUCCGGUGACCGAGUAAAACAACAUAUUUUGACCACGUACAAGGAGUUAAUUGCGAAGGUGCCACAUAACAAUGUAAGUAGAAGCCCGGAAGCGUGUAAAACUCAAGAAGUUGACGGGUUGAUGCAGCUAGUCUCUCUCCUGCACACAGUGUCCAAAGAUGUCUGGAAUAAGAUGGCAGAGGACGGCAAUGACAACGAAUCUAUGUUCGAUCUCUCUGGGGAUGAAGGAGGCAACCUGGAGCAAUUGGAUGAGUGGACUGUACCUCGACUGAACGAAGAGUUCGUCUCGCAGAAACUCACCCGCAAAGUAGAACAGCAACUACAAGACGCAUUGGCUCUAUGUGGAAACGCUCUCCCCCACUGGCUCCCCACAGUCAUGCACACCUGCCGGGCUCUACUGCCGUUAGAAACGAGACAGGCGUACCUUUUGGCAACUGCUUUUGGCACAGCCAGGGCGAUAACCUGGUUGCAGGACAGACUAGACACUGCGCUGGAAAAUGCUUCUGCUUCCGCUAGUGGAUCUGGGGGAAUGAGGAGGACCACUUCGUCGGCAGCGGGAGGCAGCGAUGACUCAAUGGAGUAUAGAGUGGGGAGGCUGAAGCACGAGAGGGUCAGAGUGACAAGAGACAGUGAGAUUCUAGACAGAGCAAUGGUGAUCAUGAAAGUGCACGCUGACAGAAAAUCCAUGCUAGAGAUUGAGUUUGAGGGAGAGGAAGGAACUGGGUUGGGUCCCACCCUCGAGUUCUACUCUCUGAUUGGGGUGGAGCUGCAGAAGAAGAGUCUGGCAAUCUGGCUGUGCGAUGACGAGGAACCAAGGAAAGAAGCAGAAAACAUCGGAGAACUCGAAGAGAAGAAAGCGAUAGACAAAGUGUGGAACAAGGACAGAGGACUGUUCCCUGCUCCUUAUGCGCCACAAGUGGAUAUCAAGCGGGUGGAGAAAGUGUUCUUCUUCAUGGGGGCGUUGUUCGGCAAGGUGCUGCAAGAUGGCAGGAAGAUCGACUUGCCCAUCAACAACCACGUGCUGCAGCUGCUUGUCUCGACCCAGAUUCCCCAGGAUGCCAAGCCAGACAUGAGCGAAGUGGAGAAGUGGCUGCUGAGUGAGGUUGAGAGUGAAUCAGUUGUGUGUUCUCUUCUGGAGAGCACAGUGAGCGAUCACGUGGCCAAGUUCAUCGGCCAGCUGCAAAGACUGGCUGCUGAAAAGAGACACAUUAUGGAAGAUGCCACAUUGAAUGAGGAGCAGAAACAACAGAUGAUUGAACAGCUCAAGUUCAAACAUGGAGAUGCUGAGAUCAAAUUGGAGCAUCUAGGCAUAUGUUUUUCAUAUUCUGCGUCCUCCUCUGUGUAUGGCUUCACAGAAGUUGGUCUGGUCGAUGGAGGCACUGAAAUUAUUCUGUCUAUGGACAAUGUGGAACAGUAUAUCAAGGCCUAUACUGAGUUCGUGUUUUGUCAUGGAAUCAAGAGACAGAUGACUCAGCUGCUGAGUGGGUUGCGCACAGUGUGUGACGUCAGCAGGGUGUCUGGAGUUCUGUCUGCUGAGGAGUUGAAGUUGAUGUUGUGUGGGGAGCAGAAGUUGCAGUGGACUAGAGAAGACGUCGUCAACCACUGUCAGCCCAAACUAGGAUUCACAAGAGACAGUCGUGGCUUCCAGUUCUUCGCUUCUGUACUGUCCAGUCUGAGUCAGCGGGAGCGCAAACAGUUCCUCCAGUUCGCCACCGGCUGCAGCAGUCUGCCUCCCGGAGGCCUGGCCGCAUUGCAGCCCCCUCUCACAGUGGUGCGUAAAGUGGACUCAAAUGCCGCCUCAACUGACAAGGGCGUGUAUCCCAGUGUGAACACUUGUGUCCAUUACCUCAAACUGCCCGACUACUCCUCCGAGGAGAUCAUGAAGGAGAGACUCAUCUCCGCCUUCAGCCAGCAGGGAUUCCACCUCAACUGAACAGAACACCCCCCAAAUGCAAAGCCCGAUUCCACCGCAUGACCUGCUCCAUUUCAUCUGCCCCACACUAGAAACUUAAGACACUGGGAUAAAAGUGAUAACUGGAAUGGACAAUGGUAGACGCUCACUAAGUAGAGAAGGAAUCAAUGCAAACUGGAAGAGAAGAGAAGAGACUGUCCGGUUCUCAAACUAAUUGACUCAUGUUAUUAUCAAUUUGACAUUUGUAGUAAGAUGUAGUUAGACUAGUACUAGGCUCAAGUAAAAAAUCGGUAUUCAUGUGUUAACUUGUUAAAAUAUAGAUAGAUUAGUGUAUUUAACCACUAUCCCCAAAUAUUUCCAUCGCAAUGAAGGUUAAAAUUUGAUCGUUUCAUGUCAUAGUUCGUUCGCUAUUUAAUGAUGUUUUCCCUCAUAUAUGUCACGCUCAUGCAAACAUGCUAGCUAGCAGCGCUUACUUGAACCCUUUAAAAGUUACAGUUCAUGAAGAGUCGUAAUUGAACAUCUCGUGCUAUAAAUUAACGUUCAUAUUUACCAACUGAAACAACACUGGUUCCCUGUGCUCACGCUUUUCUAGCAGAUAUCUCGAACCUUUUUCAUAUAUUUGGGCAUUUUAAGAGUAAUGAACGUAGCGAGUACUCUUGUAUAGGUCUUGGUGAUUUUCUUUUUUUUUUAGGAAAAUUUGUUC